AUGGCGCGACAAACUUUACUUGAUGAUAUAAAAGAUCUUCGUUUGAUUAAUGAUAAACCUAUUCGUCUUCUUUUAUUAGCUGAAGCUACUGCAAAUCUUGGUGUCAUUCUUUUUGUCUUUCUUUAUCCAUCAUUAUUUCUUACACUUCUUCUUAAACCGGACAAUGAAAUAACUCCAUUGGCUACUUCUAUACUUCUUUGGUGGAAUUCAUUGAUUUUAGCUAUAACUUGCCUAAUGUUUGCUGCUGUUCCAUCAAAAUAUAAUACACCGACGUUGACAGUUGGUCUGAUACAUGUUCGUCGUUGUCUCUAUUGGGUUUUAUUAAUUAGUGAAAUAUUUCUUGCAUUUCUAUUAAUUUCUACUAGACAUCGAACACUUUUAUCAAUAAGUUUUGGUAUUUUUAUUUUAUUGAUAGUCAUGGGUCGACUUAUUAUUCUUUUCCCAAAGAAAGCUUGGUUUGGUACUGUUGUGAUCGAAUCGAGCAUAGAAAAAGAUAAAUAA